AUGCGAAUGUUAAGAAACAUUUUUAUAGCGAGGAGAUUGUUGAGUUCAAUGAGCACAAAAAUUGUAAACGAUCCGGUAAUUGUCAUCUUGGGGUCCACAGGAGUCGGCAAGUCUCAGUUGGCUGUGGAAGUUGCCAAGGAAUUUGAUGGUGAAGUCGUCAACGCUGAUGCUAUGCAGAUUUACAAAGGGUUGGACAUAGUGACCAACAAAAUCUCAGUCACUGACCAGCUUAGUGUACCUCACCAUCUUCUAGAUUGCAUCUGCCCGUAUACAUCAAAUUACAAUGUUCUCAGUUACAAAAAUGCUGCUACACAAAUUAUCAGUGAUGUGCACGCUAGAAAUAAAGUUCCGGUAAUCGUUGGGGGUACUAAUUAUUACAUUGAAGCUCUACUCUGGGACUUUGUUCUACCGCAGGUGACAAAAAAAUCUUCACCGACAGAAAAAGUCCUUGAUAAUUUGGUCGAUGACUAUGAAAGGUUAAAACAAAUUGAUUUGGAGAGCGCAUUACAAAUUCACCCAAAUGAUACCAGGAAGGUUAAAAGAGCCCUUGAAGUUUUCGAGGACACUGGAGAAACUAAGUCAUCUUUGCUAAAAAAACAGAAAUUACAACAUUUUAUACAGCAAAAUCAGCAACAGCAGCCACAGGAAAAGAUGAGUUAUGAUAAGAUGCUAAGUGGUCCUCUGAAGUAUAAAAACAUCUGCAUGAUUUGGCUACAAUGUGACCAGAAUGUUUUAGAUGAAAGAAUUAAUAAAAGAGUGGAUUCCAUGUUGAAGAUGGGUCUUAUCAAGGAGUUAUUGGCUUUCCAUAAAAAGUAUCUUAGCGCUAACAAGUCACCAGAUUAUAAGAGGGGUUUAUUCCAGAGUAUUGGUCUGAAAGAGUUCCACGACUACCUGGUUAAAGUGAAUAGUGACAUGUUUAAAAGUGGAGAAGAUCAUAAAUCCUUGCAAACAGCUCUUGAAAAGGGGAUAGCUGAUAUGAAACUUGCAACUAGGAGUUUUUAUUUUUCUGGAAUUUUCACUGAAUUUUUUCUGGAACUCAUUUUUAAGCAUAUUCUAGACAGGGGACUCGAUAGCGAAAUGGAAAUGACGUCAUCGUCGCCAAGCUCUAGUUCUCCAUCAACAACGUCACCGGCCUCUGCAGUACCAUUGUUAUAUGGUCUCCAUUCAACGAACGUUGAGCAAUGGCACGAUGCAGUUAAAAAGCCUGCUUUUCAGAUUAUUCAUAAUUUUCUUACGCACCAGCCCAUAACUCAACCCCCGCUGUCGCUGGUUACGAAGUAUAACCCUUCUCUAUACAACGUAUGUGAGGAGUGUAAGAAAAUUUUUGUCAAGCUUAUCGACUGGAAAUGUCACAUGUCAAGUAGGCGCCACAAAAAGACAGUUCAACGCAACAAGCGUUUGAAGAAUGAAAAUUUAGGGGAUAAUACAAUCAGUGAAUCGACUCUAUCAUCGUCGUCGUCGUCGUCGCGAUCGUCUGAUGAUGAGGCAAAAACCCAAAACUACAAGACAAUUAGCAUGAAGAAUGAACUGGAUAGACAAAAAAUGAUUUAA